GUCUUCAUUUUCUGAAAUAGUAUCUGCGCUAAUAUUUUGUAAUCUCUAACGCUAUGUGAAUAGGGGCAGAAAAAUUAAGAAACUGUUAUCAAAGGCAUGACAACGAAAAUAUGUGUCUCUGUAUGGUGUUUUGGAAUCUGAGCUCUGUGAGCCUUUUAUUAAUAAGAUUUCAGCAUGGAAGUUGGGGAAACAUUCAAAUUUUCAGGGUAUUUCCUUUUCCCUUAGCUUGUAAGAAUUUUUUGCUUCUUGAUAUUUACCAGACAGAAGAUGAAAUGGCUGGAAGUGUGUAUCACAUCUAUGCAGUUCCAAGUAACUGCAGACAUAGGCAUCGGUGAGCAUAUUUUGCAAAGUUUGUUGUUAUCAAGUCAGCUUUGACUUGUGGCAACCCUGUUAUUGAGUGACCUCUAGGUCACCUUGUUAGUAACAAUCCUGUUUGAGUUCUUGCAAACUUAAGGAUGUGGCUUGCUUGAGUCUUCUACUUGUAAUGGAGUCUUCCUCUUUUCCUACUGCCUUCCACUUUACCAAGCAUUAUCUUUUCUAAUGAGAGAUGUCACCUCAUGUAGUCAAGGGAUGAUAGCCUCAGUUUGGUAUUUUGGCUUCUAGGAAGAGUUAACACUUGAUUUGCUCUUGGACUCAUAUGUCUGUUUGGCAGUGCAUGGUAUCCUUAGCAAUCUCCUCUAGCAUCACAUUGAUUUUUUUCCUGUCAGCUUGCUUCACUGUCCAGCUUUCACAAUGGUACAUAGAAAUUGGGAAAUGCUGUGACAUGCGGGAUACUGACUGUGGUAUUCACUGAUGUAUCUUUAUACUUGAGGUUUAUCUGGCUCUUUCGUAGCUGCCCUCCCAAGUCUUAGUCGUCUUCUGAUUCUUGAUCACAGUCUCCAUUUUUAUUAUGACCAAGCUUAAGGCUGGAGAUUGGUUCACGACUCUGGACCUCCGGGAUGCUUACUUCCAUAUUAUUAUAUAAGCAUCAGGGAACAUCACCAAAACCUUCUUGCCUUCUCCGUUUGUCCCGCCUUCUUCUGGUACUGGGUCUUACCCUUAGGACUAUCCUCAGCCCCAAGGGUAUUCACAAAGUGCAUGCCGGUAGUUGUGGCCUACCUCCAUCAACAAGUCAUCAUCUUCCCCUACCUGGACGAUUGGCUUUUCGUUGCACCCUCCAGAGAGAUGCUCUUUUUUCACAUAGACAUUGUCAUCUCUCUGCUUCGAUUUCUCGGGUUGACACUCACCAAAGACAAAUCCACCCUCUAUCCAACCCAAAAGGUUUGCUUCCUAGGUGCAGACUUAGAUUUGACGACAUUGAAAGCCUACCUGCCUGCCAACAGGUUUGCCAAUCUCAGGUCCUCCAUCCAGGCCUGCAUCUUUUCCAGGUGGAUCAGGGCCCACACCACCCAGAUCGCCUUGGGACACAUGGCAUCCACAACAUAUGUGACCCUUGUGCCCAUCUUCGCUUUCGCCCGUUCCAGUCAUGCCUUUUCUCAGUCUUCAAUCAACUCCUGGAUCACGGUACCAAAGUCCAGCUCUCAUUCUCUUCUAUGGUGACUGGACCCAAUAAGGGCUGUACACAACCUCAAGUGAUGCUCACUACUGAUGCUUCCAUCACCAGCUGGGGUGCUCACUCCAAGGACCUGUCGGUCCAUGGAAGAUGGUCCACGUCAGAACAUCUCCACAUCAGUGCCUUGGAGAUGCUUGCGGUACAGAAGGCCUUGAAGUCCUUCAAAUCCAUCUUGUCCCCCCAAGUGGUGCUUCUUCUCACUGACAACAUCAUGGUGAUGUAUUACAUCAACAAGCAAGGAGGCACGAAGUCGUCCACCUUUCUUGACCUCACCUUGCAAAUUUGGGACUGGUGCAUUCCCAGGACUAUCACCCGUCAGGCGAUCCACCUGCCUGGAGGUGACAACGAACUGGCAGACAAACUCAGCAGGUCUCCAGACUCCUGCCAUGAAUGACGACUCUACCCUCAGGUCGUCCACUUUCUCUUCUCUCCCUGGGGCUCUCCCGAGAUCGACCUUUUUGCCUCCCCGCAAAACUCUCAUUGCCGGCAGUUUUGCUGCCAGAUUCCAUCCCAUCAAUCCCGGGGGGAUGUCUUCCUCUUCCAAUGGUCCAACAAGAUGCUGUACACCUUUCCUCCAUUUCCCUUGAUCACCAGAGUGGUAUCCAAGAUGACUGAUCCGAUGCCAUCCUGAUCACCCCAUGGUGACCUUGACAGCCGUGGUUCGCCCCCUUCUCCACCUGUCAUCCAACCGCUUCCAACACCUGCCGGCCCGUCCGGACCUCCUGACCCUCCCUGAUGGCCAGGUUUGCCACCCCAAGGUCGAAACUCUCCAUCUCGCGGCUUGGAGGAUUCUUCCCUAGCCCAAUGCUCGGCUCCGGUCCGAGAUGUCAUCUUGGCAGCCCACAAGCCAUCCACUAGGAAAUCUUAUUCCUUGAAAUGGAACAGAUUCUCUACUUCCUUGCACUCCAAGGGCCUUUUCCCUUUGGAUGUCACCAUUCCUGUCAUCCUGGACUUUCUCAACCUUUUUUCAGUCAGGUCUCUCUGUCCCUUCAUUCAAAUGCUACAUGGCAGCCAUCUGUACACAUUUCCAAUUCAUAGACCGGCCUGCUUUCUUUGUGGAUCCUUUAGUCAAGAAAUUUCUCAAGGGCUUAACUAGUUUGAGACCUCCGAUUUCCACCCUGAUCCCGGCUUGGAGCCUCAGCCUUGUUUUGUCUGCUUUGUCUGCAAAGCCCAGUUGAGCCUCUUGCCUCUUGUGAUUUCAGGCUGCUUACUUGGAAUACUGCCUUCCUAGUAGCUAGUGAACUUGUACCCUUCAUGUGGAUUCACCCUACCUCAGGUUUUUCAGGGUCAAGGUGAUCCUUCACCCAGACGUUUAUUUUUUGCCAAAUGUCAUUUCAGCCUUUCACUUCAACCAGGACAUUGUUCUCCCCACCGUGGCUCAGAACCUCUCCUCAGAGACUGAACGCCGUCUACAUUCUCUGGAUGUCAGGCGAGCCCUUGCCUUUUACCUUGACAGGACUUCUGCUUCCAGAAAGUCCCAAAAAUUGUUUGUUACUCCACCUCGAAGCUUGGACUGCCAGUCUCCCUGCAACACUUCUUGAAAUGGGUAGUAUUGACAAUUCACCUUGCCUACGAACUCUCUGGGAAGACUCAGCCUGCCCGAAUUUGGGCUCAUUCUGUCAGGGUGGUAGCAGCUUCUUCUGCCUUUCUCUCCAGCAUUCCUCUGGAGGACAUUUGUCAAUCUGCAGUCUGGUCACAACCUCUUACAUUUAUCAACCAUUAUAGACUUGAUGCCAGACACAGACAUGAGGCAGCCUUUGACAGAACAAUUCUCCUUUCCAACAUCUCUCAGAUUAGUUGUUAAAUCAAUAAUCACACAUUGUUUAUUAGCUUUAUUCAGGACACUCCCUCCUCCUGCACAAUACAAGCUAAUCAGUCUGACCUAUUUGUGUGCUUCACAGAGACCAUGAAGAAGGAGGACAGGUUGCCUACCUGUAACUGUAGUUCUUCGAGUGGUCAUCUGUGAAUCCACACAAAUCCCUCCCAUCCUCCCCUUGGCCGUGUCCUGCCCUGCUUCCGGUCUGCUCCAUUGCGGCGGUUCUAGAACUGGGUAAGAGUGGGAAGACGGGCCUUAUAUAGAGGAUGGGCAGAGCUACUGCCAAAAAGUGUUCCCUAGCUAUUCCAGUGGUUCCAAUAUCUACUGCGCAGGUGCAGAAAACCCAUUUGUGUGGAUUCACAGAUGACCACUCAAAGAACUACAGUUACAGGUAGGCAACCUGUCCUUCUGUAUUGUUCAGAUCUGGUGUAGGGGACUUGUUGGUUUUACUUUUCCUCUCACAUCAAGGAAUGCCCCUUUUUCCUAACUGUAGGAUGCCUUCCCAUCAUGGUAUAGUGGUUUGAGCAGUGGGCUGCGACUUUGAAAAUCAGGGUUUGAAUCCCUGCUUAGCCAUGGAAACCCACUGGCUGACCAUGGGUAAGUCACAUUCUCUCAGCCUCAGAGGAAGGCAAAGGCAAUGUCAAACUCCUUCUGAACAAAUUUUGACAAGAAACCCCCAUGAUAGAGUCGGCUAUAGUUGCCAUAGGUCAGAAACGACUUGAAGGCGCACAGCUAUAAACAAGAUCCCUGCUGAAAGGACAAGUGCACCCAGGAGUCAAAGGCCCUUGUUUUAUUUGUGAACAGUCAGUACAAAUGUUUUGGUCACCUGUGCUUUAGUUUUACAAUUUAGAGCUGUGCUGUUUUGAGUACUGUAUAAUGAUCUCAAACCCAUCAUGCAGUAAGCUUUUAGAGCUGGUCUGCUUAAAUGUUUUCUUUGAAUCUGUUAACUCUUGGAAGUUCACUAUAAUUCUGUCCAUGGCAUAAUCUGAGUUUGUUAUUUUUUUCUAAUUAGAUACUGAAGCUUGCUUCCUGAAUUGUCAUCGGAUACAAAAUAACACACAUUUGCUAGUCUUUGGACUGUGAUGCAAAAAUUUUCUUUUCAUUUUUUUUCCUGUCAGGAAUAGAAUGAAUAUACUUCAGGACAGUUCCUGUUUCAUGGGUUAACUGGAAUAUUUCAAUUAGUAUUAUUGUCUAGAGAUUUCAGAACACUGCCUAGAUGACUUUUUAAACUACUGAAUAUUAGUGCAUAUAAACCAGCUCUUGUCUUCAUAGACUAUUUUCUUGGGGAGGCUGCUGCACCUUUUAUCGAUAAGCAAAAGUAUUAAUCAUUCUGUUAACUAUUUUACAGUGCAAUAGAGUCUUAUAGUAUAGAAAACAGUAUGUAAUUUGUAUUUGGGAUAAAACAAAACUGUUUUCUGAUUCAGUGUAGUUAACUGAUCUAGAUGGCUUGCUUAAUUGCAACUCUCUUAUGUAUUUGCGCUGUUAUUUUAAGUAACAUAAAGGAAACAUAAAUUAACUAUGUACAAAAAUAAGAUCAAUGUGAAAUUGAGUCUUUUCUCAACGCAUACAUGUUUCUUUGAUCAGUAAUCCCAGCAGAUCACAGCCUUUUGUGAAACUUCCACUUCCUCCCAGUCUUUUUGAGCUCAACUAGUAUUCCAGACAUGAUUUCUGAAAAUAUGAAGCAGGAUACUAUCCUUGGGUCAUAUAGAUUGGAUGUAUAGUGCACACAUGCAAAAAAAAUUAACAGCUUGUGAGCCUUGUAGUAUUUGUCCUUAAAAUUAAACAUAUUUUGCUCAGUUGUCCAAGUUUAUUCAAUGCUUGUCCAGCACCGGAUCUUGUCUGAUUUUGGAAACUAAGCAGAGUCAGCCCUGGUCAGUACUUGGAUGGGAGACCAUGAAUGAAUGCCAUAUGCUGUAGGCUAUAGAACAGAGGAAGGAACCAGCCAAACCACCUUUGAGUAUUCCUUGUCUAAGAAAACCCUAUACAUUCAUGGAGUCGCCAUAGGUUGACAAGCCACUUGAAAGUGCAUACAUCCAUACGUAGAGUUAACUGCCAGAUCAAUGGGCUUAGCUUUACGUUUCAAGAAAGUGAUUCGAUUUGUCUGUGAGCCUCUAGACCUUGUUAUAGAUUGACAGAAGUAAGUGAUGUUCAGAAAAGUCCCCAGAAGAAAGUAACUGCUCAGUUCAUUCUCUAUUACAUCACCUAGGAUGCCAUGCUAAACCAUAGUUUAGUGUGGCAAAGGCAAGCCACAGAACGUCUCACAAGCUCCUUUCUUCUUCUUCUUCUUCUUCUUCUUCUUCUUCUUCUACCGUAGUUCAGUGCUUUUAAAACUAAAAUGCUGUGAUUUACAUGUACAUCCAUUUUUUCUUUAACAGGCAAAGUAGAAAUCUUGCUCAUUUGUUUUGUACUAAGUCAUAGUUGUGCGUGAUACCUGAAUGCAGCCAUUGUUUGGCACAUUAUAAGCCAAAUAUGUACCAAUUCCUUGUUGUGCCUUUCAGAAAGUAAGACUAUGGUCCAAAACACACUCCAGAAAUAAUCCAGUUUGAGACUCCUUUAACUGCCCUGGCUCAGUGCUAGGGAAUUGUGGGAACUGUAGUUUUGUGAUACACUUAGCUUUCUGUGUUAGAGGUCUGGUGCCACAAUUUUCAGGAUUUCCUAGCACUGAGCAAGGGUAGUUAAAGUGAUCUCACUGGAUUAUUUCUGCAGUAUGUUUUGGACCUGUGUUCACUUUCUGGGUCUGUUCAUAGAAACUGAUAGACACUGCCCUGUGCUACAGGCGUGUAGCCUUUAUUAUUAGAUCUGUUUUUGCCAUUGUUCUGCAAACCAGGCCAGAGGCUUACUCUUUGUUUUUAGUGUGCAGGACAAAUGGAUGCAAUAGCAACCUAGUUGACUUCUCUCAGGAACAAAGUGCUGCAUGAUUUCUUGGGCCUUGAUCCCGUCUGACAUAUGUGCUUUGAAUGUGCGUUCUGUGUAGGGGAUGCCAUACACCUCUGGAUGUAGACUUCCUCUACAGACAUGCACAGUCAGCACAUGGAGAACAGAAGUAGAGCAGAGUCAAAGAACAGACCCACUUAUUUGUUUUAAUUCCUUCAAACAAUUUGUGAAGGGAGAAUUAUACUGUGGAAUAAUUAAAGUAGAACAUAGAAUAGGAGAUUGGAAUGAGCAGUGAGUAUAAUUUUCUUAAAACUGAGAGAUGGGCGAGCACUAAGUGAACAAUGUAGUCCAAAGGAAUGAACGUAGCAGAAUUUUUUUAAUUGCUGCUUAAAAGUUGUAGAAAUCCCUUAGUAAAAAAAGGUUGGUGUUCAGAAUUCAAAUGUAUGCUUGUUUGCAUAGAUAGCUUUUAAGAGGGAUUAUGUGUCAUUUAAGUCCCAGUAUUCUCCCUUAAAUUAAACAUUUGUUCUGAAAAAAAUUAUGAAUAGAGAGAAACUCUUCUAGAACAUGGCCACAUAGCCCGAAAAACCCACAAAAAACAAUUUAUGAAUGUAUCUUUUAAGAAGAAAAUGCUAAAUAACAUCAAGGAUGCACAGGUUCCUCGGAUGACUGAGGGCAAUACCUGUUUUUGGUUAAGACUAAAACCAGAGUUUAGAAGUAACUAGUUAUAAAUAAAGUCUAAUAAUAUCCACAAUCCAUCAAACAGCAAUACCUUCAUUGAGCCAACCAAAAUGCACAAUACACAGUCAGCCACAAAUACUCCUUCCACAAAGAGCUGCCUUUUCCAGACAUCUUAAAUAAUAAUAAUAAUAAAAUUUUUAUUUCUUCUUCGUGGUCUCUGCGAAUCAUACAAAUGGGUUUCACUGCGCCUGUGCAGUGCUGCUCGGAACCUACUGGAA